AUGCCGUCCGGCUCCACUCUACCGCAGCCUCUUCAGCCAGGGGGAAGCAGCGCGUCGCAGACUGCCGCGACGGUCGAGCAGCUGCUAUCAUCACUUCCGGGUCUAACAGGGGACCGCUAUAUUGCAAUCUUCUGUAUCGUCGUAGCUAUCUGGGAGCAUAUACUCAACUUCGACAAUGAAUUGCGACUCAUAUGGUCGCAUCAUCGCAAGACAACAUGGGUUACGCGAGCUCUCUACGUUUUUCUACGAUACACCGUCACUUCUUUGGCGGUGUUGACACUGAUAGUCGUAUGCAAUAUGUCCUCUCGCGAUGAUAGCAAGGUGAGCUCAGUGCAUGCACUCGGGAAGACGCUCAUGCUGAUGCUUGCCUUCCUAGUUUUGCCAGAUUUGGGUCAUAAUGCUUGCAAUAGCAGGGAACCUGACACUCAUCCUAGGCAAUGCACGCUUGAUUCAUCAAGCAUACUCCCUAUGGGACCGCCGACCUCAGACAAAGACUCUACUGCGAGUAGUAUUUCUGGUCUCCUACUCCGCAACCGGGGUUUUCUCGGUCUACGCAACGGCUUGGAUGGCAGGGCGUGUCUUCUACGUGGAUAUCAUCCCAAGUAUGAAAUGCUCUUCGACACGUUUAUCAUUCUAUAUACUCUGCUGAACCGACACCAUCGACCUCAAGAAGUGACAGCCGAGCUCAUCGCGCACUUCAGAAGAGACUGCCUGCAAUAUUUCAUGUGUUUAUUCGCAUUACGACUGAUGAAUCUCGCUCUGUGCUCGACCGGUAAUAUCUCGUAUUUUGUUCUCGGGUAUCUGAUUGACUUCACAAUCGUCAACAUGAUCAUGACACGGCUCAUACUACGGCUGGAGUUCCUAAAGCUCGGCCACAACGAACGAGUAGGCUAUGCAGAUAGAACCAAACCGGAGAUUGAACUACAUGUCAUCUCUUCUCCUUCCCCCGCGACAGAUUACACCGUAGCUGGACAUGGGAUAUGA